AUGCCCGAUCGAAAGAAGAUCAAGAAGCGCAUCACUGUGCGAAAGAAGGGAUCGACAAUGCAGCGUGAAGACCGGCAUGUACUGUUUUUCUCGACAAUGCGUGUUCCCAUUGCUAACGAAGAACUGUUGCCGAAUGUUGCUGAGCAUGUUUCGCCUCCGAACAUUACGGCUUUCCUGCAACCGCAAGAUGUUGGAAUUAUUCAGGCGCUCAAUAACAAGUUUGGUGAGUUCAGGACGUUGCUUUAG